GCAGGUGCGCGGCUAGGACUACAAGUCCCGGCAUCCCCCUCGGGCCCCCGCCGGGCCUCCGCAGCUACUCUGGAGAGCCUGAGAGCGGAGCCCUAGAGACAGCCGUCGGAGGCGCGGCGGCGCUGAGCGCUAGCUUUGCGUCGGGCUCCAAGGCGGCGGAGCCGCAGGAACAGGAGCAGGAGCUGGAGCUGGAGCCCAAGCCGAAGCAAGAUAAGGAGCAGAAGCAGGAGCAGGAGCAGGAACGGGAGCAGGAACAGGAGCAGGAGUUAGAGCUGGAGCAAGAGCAGGAGCUGGAGCUGAAUUAGGAGCUAGAGCCGGAGCUGGAGCUGGAGCAGCAGCAGCAGUAGCAACAGCAGCGGCAGACUGCUGCAGGGAGCCCCAACAGCGGCCGCGCGCUCCGGCCGUCUGUGGCUCCCCGCCAGCCCGGGUGGCCGGGCUCUGGCUCGGGGCUCCUCCCGCUUCGCCCGCGCGCCCCAACCCCCCGGGUCCCGAUGCCGAGGCAUGGAUAGAGCGGCGCUCCGAGCAGCGGCAGCGAUGGGGGAGAAAAAGGAGAGCGGAGGGGGCGCGGCAGCUGCGGCAGAUGUGGGGGCAGCUGGAACUGGGGCCGGGGCCGGGGCCGCGGCCAGCCGGGCUCUACAGCAGUGCGGGCAGCUCCAGAAGCUCAUCGACAUCUCCAUCAGCAGCCUGCGGGGGCUGCGCACCAAGUGUGCGGUGUCCAACGACCUCACCCAGCAGGAGAUCAGGACCCUGGAGGCCAAACUGGUUCGGUACAUUAGCAAACAGCGGCAGUGCAAGCUCAGUGUGGCCCCUGGGGAGCGGACAGUGGAACUCAACAGCUAUCCGCGCUUCAGCGACUGGCUGUACACCCUGAACGUGAGGACGGAAGUGGGACAGAAGAUCUCCGGGGAGCUCACACUGGAUGCUUUGCUGGAGAUGAACGAGACGAAGGUGAAGGAGACCAUGAGGCAUUGUGGUGCCAGCGCCGAUGAGGUCAGCCGUGUCCACUACGCCCUCUCCUGCCUCCGGAAAGUGACCGGCUUAGGUGGGGAACCAAAGGAAGACCCAGCAUGGAGCCCCCUGGACGCCCGGCGCGAGAGCGGCUCGGGACCUCCCCCGGACACCCUUUCCCCAGCUGGCUUGACCUGGACUCCUGGGGCCUCCCAGCUCGGCAAAGGCACCGGCAGCCAGCAGCCCCGCUCCGUCUCAGUGUCUGCCCUCCCCACGUCGGACGCCGCGCCCCAGGGCCAGGGCCUCGGCGGCUACGGCGAGGGCUUCUCGGACAGUUACAUCUCCCUGCAUCACAGCGGAAGGCUCACCCCUCGCACCCCGCACAGCUUCAUCACGCCCCCCACCACGCCGCAGCUGCGACGCCAGAACAAGCUCAAGCCCCCCCGGACGCCGCCCCCGCCCAGCCGAAAAGUCUUCCAGCUCCUUCCCAACUUCCCCACCCUGACCAGGAGCAAAUCCCACGAGUCUCAGCUUGGAAACAGAAUCGACGAGGUGCCCUCCAUCAAGUUCGAUCUCCACCACGGAUCCCCACAGACGGAACGAAGAGACAUUGGCCUCUCAGUGACCCACAGGUUCUCAACAAAGUCUUGGCUGUCCCAAAUUUGUCACGUGUGCCAGAAGAGCAUGAUGUUUGGAGUGAAGUGUAAGCAUUGCAGGUUAAAGUGCCAUAACAAAUGCACAAAAGAAGUCCCUGUUUGUAGAAUAUCAUUCCUACCAUUGUCUAAACUACGAAGGACAGAAUCUGUGCCUUCAGAUAUCAACAACCCGGUGGAUAGAUCAACAGAGCCCCAUUUUGGAACCCUCCCAAAGGCACUGACAAAGAAGGAACAUCCUCCAGCCGUGAACCACCUGGACUCCAGCAGUAACCCAUCCUCCACCACCUCCUCCACGCCAUCCUCCCCAGCGCCCUUUCAGUCUUCCAAUCCUCCCAGUGCGACGCCGCCCCCGAACCCCUCGCCGAUGGCUCAGCGGGACAGCAGGUUUAAUUUCCCAGCUGCCCACUACAUCCAUCAUAGACAGCAGUUUAUCUUCCCAGACAUCUCUACCCCAUCCCAAGUACCCCAAGUCCCUGAUUCAGCAGAAGAGACAAGGGUCAAUGACCAGCCGAAAGCCAGUAUGACCGAGGACCAUGAAACAGAGGUAGAAGAACAAGAGGCAAGUAAAUCGGAACUGGAGGAUGAUGAGGAUGAGCUGGAUGAUCUCCCCAACUCCCGGAAGCCAUGGAAAGGGAUGAUCUCUCGGAAAGCCAGCAAGACCAGUGUCUACCUGCAGGAGUGGGACAUUCCCUUUGAGCAGGUGGAGCUGGGGGAGCCCAUCGGGCAGGGACGAUGGGGGAAAGUGUACCGGGGCAGAUGGCACGGGGAGGUGGCCAUCCGCCUUCUGGAGAUCGAUGGCAACAACCAGGACCAUCUCAAGCUGUUUAAGAAGGAGGUCAUGAAUUACAGGCAGACGCGGCACGAGAAUGUCGUGCUCUUCAUGGGAGCAUGUAUGAAUCCCCCCCACCUUGCCAUCAUCACCAGUUUCUGCAAAGGGCGGACGCUCCACUCCUUUGUGAGGGAUCCCAAGACCAGCUUGGAUAUCAACAAAACCAGGCAGAUUGCCCAGGAGAUCAUCAAGGGCAUGGGGUACCUGCACGCCAAGGGCAUCGUUCACAAAGACCUGAAAUCCAAGAAUAUCUUCUAUGACAAUGGCAAGGUGGUCAUCACAGACUUUGGGCUGUUUGGGAUCUCCGGUGUGGUGCAGGAGGGCAGGCGGGAGAAUGAGCUGAAGCUGCCACACGAUUGGCUGUGCUACUUGGCCCCUGAAAUCGUUCGGGAGAUGACUCCAGGGAAAGAUGAAGAUAAACUGCCCUUCUCCAGAGCUGCUGACGUGUAUGCCUUUGGGACGGUUUGGUAUGAGCUACAAGCAAGAGACUGGCCUUUCCAGACCCAACCUGCAGAAGCCCUGAUCUGGCAGAUUGGAAGCGGCGAAGGCGUCAAGCAAGUCCUGGCGGGGAUCAGCUUGGGGAAGGAAGUCAGUGAGAUCCUGUCUGCUUGCUGGGCCUUCGACCUGCAGGAGAGACCCAGCUUUCCCCUCUUAAUGGAAAUGAUGGAAAAACUGCCCAAACUGAACCGGCGCCUCUCUCACCCAGGCCACUUCUGGAAAUCGGCUGAUCGCUGGCGGAAUCGCUACUCCAAAGGGCGCUACUACCACCCAGAAUUUAGGGGAACCUUCCGUCCCCUCUUGGAGGAAUACAUUAACAGUAGCAAAGUUGUGUCCCGGUUUGAAAGGUUUGGCAUGGGCAUCCCGGAAUCCAGUAAUCCAAAGAUUUAGCCUGAUGUGCAAUGUUUCUCACCGCUGUUGGAUUUUUAUUUUACUUUUUGUCUUGUGGGUUUGUUAUUCUCCCGUAUUCUCUGUCUCUCCUCCUCCUCCUCCUUCCCCCCAAAAAAGAACUCAACUCUGCAAAACGUCAGCCACCUUCUUAGAAUCAUCCCAGCCCAGCCAGCCGGGAGGCCGCCGACCUGCCAGCGUGUCAGCCUUUUUGCACACAGACCCUUGUGUCCUGAAUGUAGAGCGUGUGUGUGUAGACACGUACACAGGUAUAUGUGCACACACACACAUAGACUGCGUAAUCUGUACACGUGUGUGUACGGACAUCUACGGACACACACGCACAUGGCGGUUCUCUGUGUAUAUGUGUGUGUAUGUGUGAAAUCCAGACAGACGAUAAGUUUACAUGUACUUUUUUGUUGAAUGAACUUGGGUUUUUUUGCUAGAUAAUAAUAAAAGUGACCCACGUGUCUACUGCAUGGAUGUCUGGUUGACCUGAAAGGUGGUGUCGGGGUGAAAGCUUCCUUCCCUUAGGAAAGGGCGUCCUGGAAAUCCAUCCGACUCCCCAAGCUGGGACACAUGUUCCGGAGGGGGCCAAGAAACAGCAAGCCAGCAUAGGAUUUCUUGGGGAGGGGGAGGGACUAUCUCCUGCCCUUCCUACCUUGGAGGUCAUCAAGCAGAGUUUGCCGGGUGACCACUCGUCAGGUACGUUACAGAGGGGAGCCCUUUUUGUCCUGGUUUGGCGAAUCCAUUCUGGGACUCCUAUUACAAACUUACCACUUGCUGCCUUUAGUUAGCCAGUGAAAAAUGGGUCUUUGUAGGAAAAUCCUUGAAACCUGGGGACAGCAAAAUGCAAUGGAAAAUACGGUAUCUGAUGCUGAAGAACCUGCAUUCAAAUCCCAUCUCUGAUGUUUCCCACUCUGUGACUUUGGGCAAGUAGUUUUUUUAAGUCUCAGAUUCCUUAUUUGUGAUGUGAGGGGGUUGGGCUAAAGUUCCUUCCAGCUCUAGGUGUUUGGUUUGAAUCUAUAAUCCUUUAUUCUGCUAAGAAUAUCAAGCUGGUUCCUCCAGGCAGACCACCCUGGAUUGGAAGAGCUGAGCAUAUAGAGCUUUGCUCCACGGUGGAUGUCUCAUGGGAGCUUUCAGGAAGGUGUAGAGUGAGAUGGAGCUGGUCUCUGUUAAUGGGGGAGAACCAGAGCCAGCACUAGAGACCCCUGGCCCAGGUGGAGACCAAAGUAAAUGACUUAGAUGAGAAAUAGGGAGAGAGAGAAGCACAAAGAGCAUUGAAUUCCAUGUGUCCCUUCUCCCCAUCUCUCAGCACAGCCCAUUGAUGCUGCCUCAAGAGUCACUUUUAACCUUUCUUAGUUGUCUGAUGCUUCUCUUUAAUCAGUUAUUAGUAUUUAUUAAGCACUGCUGUAUUCCAGGCACGAGGGACACAUGCACAGUACAAAGAAUGAAUAAUCCCUCCUCAAGAGGACUUGGUAACUUAAUGUGGAGACAAGUUCCUCUUGACAGGAUCUUUUAUUAUUUAUUCAGUAAGUACUUAUCUCUGGCACAUUUCUGGAUCCCUGCCCUCAAGGAGGGAGAUUUCAGCUGUGUCGUAUUUGGGUAAGUUCCAACUUAGACCCCACAGUCCUCAGCGGGUAAUUGUCAUGGGCCAAGAAUAGCUAAGGAUAGAGUCCUUUCCCAUGAUGUGAGCAGCCCCCAAGGGUGGAUGUGUGAAUUUGCCUUAGAGAGAGUAUCUCAGGAGAGGGGAGAAGGGGGAUCUCUGAAAUAGAUCCUUUAAUUCCUUAAGGAUUCAUGAACCCCUGAUCUAGUCCCACCCUCUGGUUCUGAGGAGGCAAUCUUGAGAGGACACAUGAGUAGAUGAACUUCGAGUUCCCAUCCUCCAAGGUCUUCCGUUGUGGAUUUGGACUAAGUUACUGGAUGUGUAGUGUAGACACAGUCAACAUUCGCCAUUUGCCUCUAUACCUCCAAAAAUGGGAUUUGGAAAAUGAAGGCUAAUCCAAUAGGGAUCAUUAAACCUGGACAAAGAAGAAAAGUUUGGCUAGAAGAGGCUGCCUGGAAAAAAACCCAACUUUUCAGCCCAGCCCAGAGGUUGAUUAGGGUGCGCUUCUUGAACAGUGCCCUUCUUUAUUGCUACUGAAAGAGCCUUGGAGUGUUGUAAAGUCAUGGUCAAACUCACCUCAUCUGCAUUCUGGGACCCAUGGCAGUUAAAUUUGGGGCCUUCCCCACAGAACUGGGGAGAGGCGAUUACUCAAGCCCAUCCCUCCUCCCUUAUUCAUCUUCACUGGUGCUCACUCUGUCUUUAGCCUGUUUCCUCAGUCAGACCCGAAGGACCCUCAUCCUCUAUCCCUCCUCUAGAAAAGGUACAAGCUCUUUGAGACCCUUUUUCAUAAUGUCAUAAAACGCCAUCAACCCUUCUAAGCAGAGGAUCCACCCAUUAUUCCAGGACCUGUGGGGGUUCCAAGAGCUUUUCUCUGGAAAUGGGUGAGGAGAUGAGAAAUCACCCUUUUCCAGCCUUUCCUUUGGAAGUAUACCCUGCAGGCCACAGAGCCCAGGAGUUGCUCCUGAGGGAAGAUUAGGGGAAUCUUGGGCCCUGCUGAUUCCUCUCACUUUGGCAGAGAAGUUUCCUUCUGAACACCUUGCAUCACUUGCCCCAUAUUUUAGUAUCUGAGUCAUACAAUGUCCGAGCCAAAAAGAGACUUAGAAUCCACUGAGACCUUGUUUCAAGUGAAUGAAGUCAAAACCCUGGGAGGGGAAAGGAUUACUAAUGAGUUAUUGGGGACCAAAAAUGGGUCUCUGGGCCCCCAGCUCAAUGCUUGAUGAAGGAAGAGGACAGAGUGCUUAUUUCUGUUGCAUUUAGUUAGAUGUCCUUGUGUGUGCAUAGGGGUGUGUAUGUGUCUGAUUCCAUUGGGAUUUUCCAGGCCGGACCUCUACCCCCCCUUUCCUGAUUAGAGAAUAGGGGUUUUUCCCCAAACCUUUAGGGUGCUGGCUGUUUGCUCCCUUCAGCCUCAGCUUUAUAGGCCACUCCCAGUUUUUCUCCCUUUCAAGCAUCCUCUGCCCCACAAGCUGCUGAUUUUGUGCCUCCCAUUGAGAAAAUAGAGCAAAGAAGGGCCCUAAAGUGACUGAAAGGGGACAAAUACAAGAAAUAGAACAAAGAAGGGCCCUAUUGUGACUAAAAGGGGGCUAAUACAAGAUAUAAAGAAGGGCCCUAGAGUGACUGGAAGGGGGCAGAUUUGACACAGUGUGAAGGAGUGACUAGGGACCCAGGCUUGGGAUCAGAUCCAAAUUCAAAUCCUAAUCCUUUGUUUCAAGUCCCUCUUUAAAGUUAUUAUUGUCCAUUAGCAUUUAUUAACACACCCUAUGGGCCAGGCACUGUGCUGAGUGCUGGGGAUAUCAAGAACCAAAUAUGUAUGUUUACCAAGAAUAAUAUGGCAGGCCAUAGUGUCUAUGUGACCCCGAGCAAGUCACUGUCCCCCUCCCCAGUAAUUCUCUAUGAGCAGGUGUCAUUCUGUGUGGCAGAAGGAAUUCCCUCAUUUGGAAUUCUCUACACCAAUGAAUUAAGUUCAUCUAAAAGAAAAAAAUGGGGGAAAAUGCACAUUUAAUAUUGUGUUGGGGUAGGCAGGAAUCUGAGUCAAGAUCAGGGUAUGGGAAUAGAGCAGACACCCCCUGGAUUCCCUCACAGCUUGGUGGACUGCAUCUCCCAACAUGAAUGUAAGGUCAUAUUGCUUUAGCAGUCAAGAGGAGCCCUUAGAUCCCCAGUGACUCCAUUCCUUUGUCAGAGAAGGGCUAACCCCCUUUUCUAAUUCAUUUCCUAUGUACUUACUAAAGGAAGAAGCUAGCAAGCAUCUAAACUCCCUUUCCUUUCCCUGCCUGGGUUGUUUUAGGGUUUUGGGGGUAGGGUAGCUUAUGAGGGGGUGAGAACAGCACCUGAAACAUUUGACCCCCCAAAUAGCUUUUUGUUCAUCUGUUGAGGUGACUGUGAAAUGAAAUGUAACUGAAUUGAUUGCAAGUGCCUGUUUCCCCAGUUUUAUCUAUGAAGUAUUUUGGAAAAAUAAUGAAUACUGUGAAUUAUUAGCAAGAUAAAAAGCUCUGGAGUCCUUUAUGGGCUGCAAAGACCUCUGAUUCGAACCCUGUUUGGGAACUGGUUCUUAUCCAAUUUUUUAAAAAGUAAGGCCCAAAUCCAAAUUCUGCUUGAGAUGGGGAACCAACUUUUAGACCUUAGAAGUCAUUUCCUAUUUUUAAACCAAGACUCAUAGCUCCAGGGAAGUUCUAUCUCUUGGCAACCCUUCGCUACCCCUCUUGAUGCUGGCUGGUGUUCUUUAUUUGGAUGUCCAACUUGGUAUUUUGAAGUCUAGUAGGUUGUAGUUUCCUCCAAGGAUGGCAAUCACAGACUGGAUUUCUCAGUGGCCAUUCCUUAAAUAUGCAUGAGGUGAUGGAGUCAUUCUGUGGCAUUUAUGAUGUUUUUGAUGAUAUUUAAAGAUGUACUUAGCACUGUCAACCUGUAUUUUUAUUUUGGUUUUUGCUAAUUUGGGGGGCACAUAAAUGUGAAACUCAUGUGGGAGAGAGAGGGUCUGAUAUAGCCUCUAUUGCUAUAUCCUCUGAGAUUUUAUCUGUGUGUAUAAAUAGUCUCAUAGGGUUAAAAAAAUGGACUUUUUUUUCUCUUUGAAUGUGAUGUAAAAUUUGUACAGCAAAAAUUUUUAUAUUUUCUAUCAACUGAGUUUGUCUUCCACAGAUGCUAUUAAUUUAAUUAAAAUGGUUAGUGUUAUUAACAAGUGUGUUGUAUUAGACAUUAUGUUACUGGCAGGAGUACCUUCAGUGCCAAUGGAAUUCUGAUUAUUGGAGAGCUCUUCAGUGAAUAAAAUCGAUGUGCUCCAUCAAACCAUGA